AUGUCUGCCUUCCGCGCCAUCCGCCAGGUCUCUUCCCUCUCUGCCCGCACACUUGCGACGCGCGCAGCCCCGCGCACACUCGCCCGUGCCGCACUCGAGGCUGGCCGACUCGCGCCCGUCGCCGCGUCUGCCUCGCGGGCGUUCUCCGUCUCCGCGCGCCGGCUCGGUGAAGGCUCUACGGACGUCGCGCUCACUCAACGUCUGGCUGAGGAGCUCAAGUACGAGAAGGAGGGAAUCGCGGGUGAGCCCGACUUCCUCAAGGCGUUCAAGGAGCAGGGUAUCUGGAAGAUCGAGGACACUCCUGGCAUGGACGAGGUCAUUUUGACUCGCAAGUUCGGCAACGAGGACAUCCGCUUGGUGUUCUCCGUCUCGGACGUCCAGUCUGCGGAGCAGGACUUCGAGGAGGGCGAGAGCCCCGCUGAGGAGUCUGAGGAGUCGGAAUCCAGCAUGGAGUCGUCCCCAAUGCGCGUCUCGUUCUUGUUCACCAAGUCGAACACGCCUGGCUCGGUCUCCUUCGACGGCAUGUGCCAGGACGGCGCGUUCACCAUCGACAACGUCACCUACUAUACUGACGCCAAGAUGGCUACGGAUCUCACUGCCGAGGCCGACUGGAAGCGCAGGGGGUACUACAUUGGUCCUACGUUCGAGACCCUUGACGCGACCCUCCAGGAGGAGUUCGAUCACUUCUUGGAGGAGCGCGGCAUCAACUCCGCUCUCGCCUACUUCAUUCCCGAAUACGCUGAGCACAAGGAGCAGAAGGAGUACGUCAGCUGGCUCACCAGCAUCAAGAGCUUCGUCGAGGCUUAA